CCCUCCAGACUUCAGUAGUGGACCAGGACCCUCAGAUUCACAAAUGAGCCAGAGGCCUGUUUGUGUGGAAGAACGAUCUGGAACACUACGACUGCAGAGAUCCAGUCAGUCCAGAAGUGUAAUAGCAGAUAGAGGUCUACAGGAGGUUCUAGAUGAACACAGGAUCAGUCUGAGGGAGAGAUGUGAACAUGUGACUGAAGGAAGUGAUGAAGCAGGAAGUAGAACUCUUCUGAACAGGAUCUACACUGAGCUCUACAUCACAGAGGGACAGAGUGAAGAGGUGAACAGCCAACAUGAGGUGAGACAGCUUGAGACAGCUUCCAAGAUGGAGAGCCUCCAUGAGACUCCAAUCAAGUGUCAGGACAUUUUUAAAGCCUUACCUGGCCAACAGAAACCCAUCAGAGUGGUUCUGACCUACGGUGUGGCUGGUGUUGGAAAAACCUUCUCUGUGCAGAAGUUCACUCUGGACUGGGCAGAGGGCUCAGAAAACCAGGACAUCAGUCUGCUGGUUCUGCUUUCAUUCAGGGAGCUGAAUUUGAUCAGAGAUGAGCGCUACAGUCUUCUGGAGCUGCUCCGUGUUUUCCAUCCAACAUUACAAAAGGUCAGAGCAGAGACGCUGGCUGUCUGUAAACUUUUGUUCAUCUUUGACGGCCUGGAUGAGAGCAGACUGUCGUUGGAUUUCAACUUCAGUGAGGCUGUGUCUGAUGUGUCAGAGAAGUCCUCGUUAAACGUGCUGCUGCCAAACCUCAUCAAGGGGAAUCUGCUUCCCUCAGCUCUCAUCUGGAUAACGUCUCGACCUGCAGCAGCCAAUCAGAUCCCUCCUUCAUGUGUGGACAGGGUAACAGAGGUCCGAGGCUUCACUGACGCCCAGAAAGAGGAGUACUUCAGGAGGAGGUUCAGUGAUGAAGAUCUGUCCAGCACAAUCAUCUCCCACAUCAAGACAUCCAGGAGCCUCCACAUCAUGUGUCUGAUCCCAGUCUUCUGCUGGAUCACUGCUACAGUUCUGGAGCACAUGAUGAGCACGGAGCAGAGAGGAGAGCUGCCCAAGACCCUGACAGACAUGUACUCACACUUCCUGUUGGUUCAGACCAAGAGGAAGAAGAACAAGUAUGAUGAGGGACCUCAGAUGAGUCCUGAGGAACUCACCAGAUCUGACAGGGAAGUUCUUCUGAAGCUGGGGAGGCUGGCGUUUGAACAUCUGGAGAAUGGAAACAUCAUGUUCUACCAAGAAGACCUGGAGCGCUGUGGUCUGGAUGUCACAGAGGCCUCGGUGUACUCAGGAGUUUGUACUGAGAUCUUUAAAAGAGAGAGUGUGAUCCUCCAGAAAACAGUUUACUGCUUUGUUCAUCUGAGCGUUCAGGAGUGUCUGGCUGCAGUCUACAUGUUCCACUGUUUCACCAACAGGAACAUAGAUGUAGUGGAGGCUUUCUUAGAAGACAUCAGACACAAGGACUCAUCCCAAAAUCCUUUCUUGAAGAAGAAUCCUGAGUUUUUUCAAACUCCUGAUAGCUUUGAUCUAUCCCUGGAUGUCUUUCUGAAGUGUGCUAUGAAGAAAUCCCUGAAAAGUCCAAAUGGACACUGGGACCUGUUUAUUCGCUUCCUUCACGGCCUCUCUCUGGAGUCCAACCAGAGACUCUUAGGAGGUCUGCUGGGUCAGACAGACAUCAGUCCAGAAAUGAUCCAGAGAGUCAUCAAGAACCUGAAGGAGAUGAACAGUGAUGAUAUCUCUCCUGACAGAAGCAUCAACAUCUUCCACUGUCUGAUGGAGAUGAACGACCUCUCAGUACAUCAGGACAUCCAAGACUUCCUGAAGUCAGAGAACAUUCCAUGGUGGAAACUGUCUGACAUCCACUGCUCUGCUCUGGCCUACAUGCUGCAGAUGUCAGAGGUUCUGGAUGAGUUCAGUCUGAGCCGGUACAACACAUCAGACCAGGGACGACUGAGACUGAUUCCAGCUGUGAGGAGCUGCAGGACAGCUUGGCUUCAGGACUGUGGACUAUCAGAGACCCACUGUGAAGUCGUGGCCUCAGCUUUAAAGACCAACCCCUCACAUCUGAGAAAGCUGUACCUGAGUGACAACGACCUGCAGGAUUCAGGAGUGGAGCUUCUUUCUGCUGGACUGAAGAGUCCAAACUGUCGACUGGACACUCUGUGGUUGGAAAACUGUGGUUUGUCAGCGAUCAGCUGUUCUUUUCUGGCCUCAGCUUUAAAGGCCAACCCCUCAUAUCUGAGAGAGCUGGACCUGGAUAAGAACAUGCUGCAGGAUUCAGGAGUGGAGCUUCUUUCUGCUGUACUGAAGAGUCCAAACUGUCGACUGGAGACUCUGGGGUUGUCAUACUGUGGUUUGUCAGCGAUCAGCUGUUCUUCUCUGGCCUCAGCUUUAAAGGUCAACCCCUCAUGUCUGAGAGAGCUGGACCUGAAUAACAACAAGCUGCAGGAUUCAGGAAUGAAGCUUCUUUCUGCUGGACUGGAGAGUCCAAACUGUCGUCUGGACACACUGGUGUUGGAAAACUGUGGUUUGUCAGCGAUCAGCUGUUCUUCUCUGGCCUCAGCUUUAAAGGCCAGCCCCUCAUAUCUGACAGAGCUGGACUUGAAUGAAAACGACCUGCAGGAUUCAGGAAUGGAGCUUCUUUCUGCUGGACUGGAGAGUCCAAACUGUCGACUGGAGACUCUGAGGUAA